AACCUUCUUCACCAUCGAACGCAGUUCAGCUAGGUAUACCACUCGAAUUUCUACGACCAUUAACUGACUUGACUGUUGACAAAGUAACGAACGAACCAAUCAUUCUUGAGUGUGAACUAUCUCGAACUCCUCGUGAAAAAGUAAAAUGGUUGAAAGACGGGAAACCUAUUGGUCGUCUUCCAGAUUAUAUGACAAUUGAGGAGUUGGAGAAUGGAAAACUUCAUCGCAUAAAGUUCACUUCAUUGAUGGAUGAUAAUUUAGGUGUAUAUAGUUUAUGUGUAGAGAAGUUAUCCAGUGAAUGCCGAUUAGAUAUGAAAGUGCCGCCAACAUUGAGACUAUCCGAUUCCUUCUCCGAUCGAGUCAUCAUCAAGGCUGGAGGUGCCAUGGUGUUCGAAAUACCAUUCACUGCCAGUCCUAAACCAAAAGUUGAAUGGAGAUGGAGACAGAGACGUCGACCUGAUGGGGAACUGGGACCGGUGCAAACUCCACGGUUCAAAGCUGAUGUGGUGUCGGGAUUGACAUCACUGCCUGUGAGUAAGGUAAAGCGUGAGGAUGCUGGUGAUUACACAGUGGUGAUCAGUAAUGAGUUGGGUGAAGUGUCAGUGACGAUCCAGAUGAUUGUGAUUGACAAGCCGUCUGUGCCUCGUGAUUUUGAAGUGAGCGAGAACAGUGGUGAGAGUCUGUUGUUGAGUUGGAAACAGCCGGAAUUCAUUGGUGUAUCAAGGGACAUAAUUUCGAGUGGUAGUGAUGUUGAUGGUUUGUUGGUGUAUGUCGUCGAGAUGCGUGAGUCCAGUCAACGUGCUAGUCGUCCAGUGAGUACAACGAGUGAAUUGAAUAUGAGGAUUGAUGAUCUUCAGAUUAACAAGUCAUAUGUUUUCAGUGUGGCAGCAAAGAAUGAUGUUGGUCAAUCAGAGUUUGUAGAGACGAAACCGGUUUCAACUAGUCUAAAAUUCGGACCUCCAACUGCUCCAAUCAAUGUCACUGCAUCUGUAUCUCCAUCAUGUGCUGAACCAGAAGACCAAAUUGUAACAGUGAACUGGUCUGAACCUGAAACAACAACUACAUCUAUUGGUGCGGCCCCACUUUAUUAUACCGUAGAAUAUAGAGUAGAUGAAGGUCGUGUUUGGAAUAAAUUAAUAUGUGGUAAUGAAGUUACUGGUUGCAAAUUAGAUUUCCCUCCAAGGAAAGAAAAUAUGAGCGCUGAUAAAUCUUACAAUUUCAGAGUUAUUGCUGUUAAUAAAGCUGGUACAAGUGAACCAUCGAAACCUUCGAAUUCAAUCCAACUAGGAAUAGUACUUGAGUUUAUCCGUCAAUUAGAAGAUUUAAUCAUAACUAAUAUUGAACCAAUUGAAUAUAAAUUAGAAUGUGAAUUAUCGCGUCAACCAAGAACAAUGGUAGCUUGGACAAAGGACAAUAAACCAUUAGUUAUACGAUCAGAUGAUAAUCGUAUGAAAUUUAUUGAUCAAGGCACAAUACAAUCAAUUACGUUCUCACGUUUAAUCGAUACAGAUGUUGGUGAAUAUGCAAUACAAGUAGAAAAUAUUUCAUCUAAAUGUAAAUUAGAAAUUAAAGCUCCACCAACAAUUCCAAUAUCUGAUCAAUUUGAAGAUCAUAUCACUUUAAAAGCUGGCAGUUCAAAAAUCCUAGAAAUUCCAUUUACAUCUUCACCAAAACCCAAAAUUAAGUGGACAUGGGCACCGAGUACAGAUUUAACUCAGGAACAAAUGCCUAGAUUUAAACCGGAUAUUGUUGCUGGUUUAACUACAUUACCUUUGAGUCGAGUUAAACGUGAAGAUAGUGGAGCGUAUAAAGUUACAAUAUCCAAUGAUCUCGGUGAAAUUGCCAUAACAAUUUAUGUCACUGUCAUUGAUAAACCAUCUCCACCAAGAAAUCUUACCAUAACUGAUGCUACCGAAAAAUCUGUUAUGUUUAAUUGGGAUAAACCAAUUAAUAUAAGUGAAAAUGAAUCUUUAGAAUAUGUUGUUAAUUAUCGUGAGGCAACGAAAUAUUCAAGUCAACCAGUUAAUGUUUGUGUAACAAAAGAAUUGAAAACGCUGAUAGAUGGUCUUAAACUAGGAUCUCAAUAUAUAUUCUCAGUUUGUGCAAGAAAUGAAGUUGGUGAUUCCGCCUUUUCUGAAAGUCAAGCAUUUUUAAUGAAAUAUUCUUUUGAUCCACCUGAAGCUCCAGGAAUACCUCAAGUUACAAUAUUAGAAAGUGGUCGCAUUUCACUGGAAUGGACACCUCCAUCUUCAGAUGGUGGUUCACCAAUUACGGAAUAUCUUAUUGAAAGCAUGAGUGAACGUCCAAUUGUGAAAGGUCAGCGGCGUACAUCAACCUACGGUUCUCGUACACAAUGGAAUUCACUGACUUCAGGAGUUGCAUUUGAACCUAAUGUCCAGCCAAUAGCCACAGUAACCGGUUUAUCUCCUGAUAUGCAAUAUACAUUCCGUGUAUGUGCCGUCAAUAAAGCUGGUAAAGGAGCAUUCAGUCCGCCGUCCGAAUCUUGUUUACCUUUAAUGAAACCUCCCAAAGUCCCAGGAAAACCAGGUCCUAUAACCAUCAAACCGUUAGAUGAAACAAGUAUCAAUUUAACUUGGACACCUGGUAUUGUAAAUGAAGAUUUUGAACGAGCAGAUUACUAUAUCGUUGAAGUUUGUGAAAAUGAUGACAAUGAAUGGAAAGAAAUCGGAAAGACAACUAAACCAGAUGAUUGUAAUUUAGACAUAAACAAUCUGGAUAGUUCAACACGUUAUCAAUUUCGUGUUCGUGGAGUAAAUAAGGAAGGUGUUGGUGAACCAUCAAAACCAUCAGAAAGAAUUUGUUUGAAAAAAGAUGCUCCAUUAACUAUAACGAAAGAACUAGAAUCAAUUCAUUUGAAUGAAAUCCCACAAACUAUUAAAUUUGAAUGUCAUCUUUCAAAAUUACCACAAAAAGUUCAAUGGUUUUCUAAUGGUAAACGUUUAGAUACAUCAAACUUAAGAAAAUAUCGUUUCGUCGAUGAUGGCAAUAUACAAAUAUUAGAAAUAUUCAAAAUUACAUUAGAUGAUGUUGGUGAAUAUUCUAUCAAAAUUGAUAAAUUAGAGUCAAAAGCAACAUUUACAAUUGAAUUGCCACCUAAACUUUGUCUACCAGAUAAUUUCUCUGAUACCAUCGUACUUUCUCAGGGAAGUAAUCGUAAUAUAGAAAUACCAUUCACUUCUUGUCCACCUGCUACUAGUAUUGUUUGGUAUUGGAAUGGCAGUCGUACAUUACCUGAUCCAACAAAACGAACUGUUCCAGAUAACGACUUAAAAUCCCAAGCAGCACUUCGCCUUACGGCAGUACAAGUUUCUGAUGCUGGAGUUUAUGAAGCUAUUAUCACAAAUCCAUAUGGAGAAGCUAAAGCAACUAUAACAUUACGUGUUCUCGGAGCCCCUGGCCCAGUAAUGUCACUAGAAGCACAUGUUGAGUCACCUACAGAAGUAUCUGUUCUGUGGAAACCACCUGAAGAUGAUGGUGGUAGCCCAGUGACAGGAUAUAAAAUUGAACAACGUCAGCUGGCUCCUGAACCUGGAGGUGUUUUACGUUCUCAAGCUAAGGAAUGGAAGUCAGUUGCAAACGUUAGUUCGAAAUCGAAGACAUCUGAGGAGGACGAACAAUUUGUACACCGUAUCAAAGGGUUAACUGAAGGAGCCACUUAUUCAUUUGGUGUUACUGCAGUUAACGAUUGUGGAAGUGGACCACGGAAAGAAACUUCCGAUGGUUUGACAAUGAAAUCUCCUUAUGAUAUUCCGGAAAUUCCAAAACAACUUACUGCUAAACCGAUAAAUCAUUCAACUAUUGAAUUAGAAUUCACAUUACCUAUUACUCAUAUUGAAGCGCCAAUUACUAGUGUAAUUAUUGAAUAUCGUCCUAAAAAUGUAUCAAGAUGGAAGACUCAAACUUUUGAACCGAUUAGUACGGUACAAAUUGAUAAACUUGAACCGGAUACAGAAUAUGAAUUUCGUGUAAGUUGUACUAAUUUGGCUGGAAAAAGUGAAUCCUCAAAUCCUGUUAAAGCUAAAACAAAACAAUUGCCAAGACCUCCUGAUGCUCCAAAGCUUGACAAUGUUACACCAGUCAAUACAAAUUCAGUAAAAAUUAAUUGGUUUUCUCCAACAAAUGACGGUGACAGUCCAAUUAUAUCAUAUCAAAUAGAAAUGUGUGAUGCUAAAAAUGGCACUGAAAUAUGGAAACAAGUGGAUACUUUAAAAAUAGAUCGUGUCGAUCAAUGUCUGUUAUCUUCAGGUGAACAAAAGUCCUAUGAAUUAAUCGAGAAAAAUUUGGACAGUUCCAAAUCUUUUAAAUUUCGUGUUAUUGCUGUGAAUAGUGUAGGACCAAGUAAACCUUCAAAAAGUUCACAACCUGUUACACCUGGUGUUCAAGUCAGUAUUAUUCGUCCUUUGAAUAAUGUUUGUUUCGAUGAAAUUCCAAAACCUGGAACAAAAGUUGAAUUAGAAUGUGAACUAAGUCAACCUGAUUGUCGAGUAACUUGGUUACACAAUGGAAAGUCAAUUUCAUUAGGCAAAAAAUUUGAUUUCUCACCAGAAGGAACUGUUUAUCGUUUAGUUAUUAAUGAUACAACACUUGAAGAUAUGGGAGUUUAUGAAUUGAAUUAUAAACAAUUAAAAACACAAUGUAAAGUGGAAGCUAAAAUUCCACCGACGCUUCUUGAAGAUACUGAAGAAAGUCAUACACGUCGUGUUAAUGUUGGUUCAAACUGUGUACUUGAAGUAUCAUUUAAAGCUUAUCCAAAGCCUACUGUGAAAUGGUUAGCUCAAGGCAUACCUGUUACGGAUAAAACGAAACGUUAUCAAGUCAACAUAGUAGCUGGUUUAACAUCAUUAUCUAUACAACGUGUACAAAAAGAUGAUACUGGUCAAUUAGUUGCUAUCAUUGAAAAUGAACAUGGAAAGUUAACUUGGAAAUGUGAACUUAUUGUUAUUGAUAAACCGAAACCAGUUGAAAAUUUAAAUGCUGAACCAAGUAUGAAUCGAGUUCAUAUGGUGAUUAGUUGGAAACCACCGCGAAAAGAUUUAGACAAUCCAAUAACACAUUAUGAAUUGGAAUAUCGUAAUUCAAAAAAUCGUUCAUGGCAAACACUUAAAGAUGGUUCAUCUGAUGCUGAUGAUAUAUUUAAAAUUCCCAGUAAUCUAUCAAAGUUUGAAAUACCAAUUACUGAAAAAGAAACAGCUAAUAGUUUAGCACCGAAUACAGAUUAUUAUUUCCGUGUAUUAGUGAUCAAUGCAGUUGGGAAAAGUGAACCUACUGAAACACGUUCGUCAGUGAAAACACCAGCAUUACCAAAACCACCAAAAUUGAAAUAUGAUACAACAUUGGAAACAUGUAAAAUAGUCGUUGGACAAAAGCAUGCUAUACCCGUUAGUGUUGAAGGUGAACCAUCACCACAAAUAGACUGGAAAUUUAUUCCUGGCGGCCAAUCAAGCAAUGAACAAUCUUCAAUUCCUAGUGAUGCACAAACAGAAGCGUCUGGUCCUGACAAAGAUGGUGUGAAUAAAAUCUCAUUGAAAUUCAGAAAAAUAUCACGAUCAUGUGAUGGCACAUAUAUUUUAACAGCUGUAAAUAGUGGUGGCGAAGCUCGUGCUGAGUUUCAUGUUACUGUAUUAGGUUUACCAAGUGCACCAAGAGAUCUUGUUGCAACAAAUUUAUCAAAAACUUCCGUUCAUCUAAAUUGGUCACCACCUACAGAUACUGGAGGUAGUCAACUAGUAAAUUACGUCAUAGAACAAGCUGUCGUUAAAAGCAAUAUGGCGACACCAUCUAGUGUUGGCUAUUGGGAACCAGUAACACGUAAUCUUCCAGUACACGAAGCAUCUGAUGGUUCUACAGGAUGUAUUUAUGAUAUUAUUAAUUUGGCAUCUGAGAAAUAUAUGCUUUUUAGAGUAGCAGCUCAAAAUAAACAAGGAAUUGGUGAAUUUGAAGCUACUAACAGUCCACUUUUAGUUAAAUCUCCACACAAUUUGCCUGGACCACCAAGGAAUUUAAGUGGUACAACUGAUAAAGAUGGACAAGUUCACCUAGAAUGGAAACCACCACAACAAGAUGGUGGUGCUAACAUUCUGAAUUAUAUCGUUGAAAAAUCUUCAUCUCUAAAAGAUACUACUUGGUCUGAGAUUAGACUACCUGAAUCUCCUGAUACAAUGCGAAUUAUUCCAAAUCUUAGAGAUGGUAUCUGCUACUUCCGUGUAUCGGCAGUCAGUGAUGCUGGAAAAGGUUCGCCGUCUAAUAUCAUAGAGAUAGAUGUUAAAAAAGGUUCUGAUAAGCCUGAUCAGCCUGGCCAACCAACUGUUGAAGUAAUUGCAGAUGGUGCAGUUCAAUUGCGUUGGGCACAACCAUUAAAUGAAGGUACUGGUGGACCUAUGAAAGGCUAUGAAGUACAAAUUUGUGAAGUUGGUUCAGUUAAAUGGAAAUCUACUUCGUCUGAUUUAUGCUCAGCUAAUGAAACUCGUUUAACUGGAUUAAAUCCAGCACAAGAUUAUUUAUUUAGAGUGAUUGCAGUUAAUGAUGCUGGUUUGAGCACACCAUCUGAACCUAGUAGACCUAUUCGUCCAGCUACUGAUGUGGAUUUUAUUCGUCAGUUAGAGAAUCAAUUUAUCACAGAAUUACCAUGUGAUGUUGUAUUUGAAUGUGAACUCUCUCGACCUGGUAUGACAUUGAUAUGGUCUAAAGAUGGACGUGAUCUAAAUCUCUCUUCACGAUGCAUAUAUAACGUUUUGGGUGAAGAUGAUAAAGCUUUUUGUAUACAUCGACUGACUCUCAUAAAGGUUAGUCCAGAUGAACAAGGUGUAUAUAGUGCGAGAUUAGUAACUGGGAAGAAAACUGAAGCCACAUUGACAAUUGAAUGCCCACCAAAAAUACUUUAUGAUGGACCAUUAGAAAUACAAUUACUCAGUGGUAAAAGUACAGUAAUUGAAGUACCAUAUACGGGUGCACCAUUCCCAGACGUUAAUUGGUCAUUCAACCAUGGACCUUUACCGAUCGGAACAAAACGUGAAUCUCCUAUUGCGUCGGUAGAUACAGUAUAUGGAUUAACAUGUUUACGUCUGCGACAUGUUACAGGAGAAGUUACUGGGAAUUACAAACUUCUGAUAACUAAUGAACUGGGAAAAGCAACUUUAGAACUUGUCGUGAAAGUUCUAGAUGUUCCUGGACCUGUACAUCAGUUAAAAGCGACAGUUCAAAAUCAACCAUCAGGUACUGCAUUACUCACAUGGCAAGCACCAAAAGAUGAAGGUGGUUCCCCGAUUAUUGGUUAUCUUGUUGAAAAACGUGAAGCGAAUAAGCGUAGUUGGACACCAGUUGGCUCUUCACAAAUAAAAGAAUUGAAUUGUACCAUUGAUGGAUUGACUGCUAAUACAGGUUAUUUCUUCAGAGUUAUGGCUCAAAAUAAAUCAGGUUGUUCUGAGCCAAAAGAAACAGAUGUUGCAAUAGUGAUACCAUGUUUAACAAAACCUCCAUCAGCUCCAGGCACACCAGAAGCAAGUGAUAUUGGCACAGAUUCAUGUCGAGUCAAAUGGGAACCACCUAGUUCAGAUGGUGGUGCUCGAUUGACAUUUUAUCAUUUAGAGAAAAGAGCAAAUCUUAAAGGUAAUUGGGUUAGAGCUUGUGCGGAUAAAUUGCCUAUUUUGGUGAAUGAAGUUAAAUCUACCUAUGUGACAAAAGUAACCGGGCUUGUACCAGAUAACGUCUAUGAAUUUCGUGUAGCAGCUGAAAAUGCUGAUUUUAUGGUUGGGGAAUAUUCGAAUUCAAGUCACAGAAUUUCAACUCAACUACCAUUCUCUGUACCUGGUAAACCUUCAAGACCUGAAAUUAAAACUGUCACAGAAACAACUAUUGGUUUGACUUGGAAAGCACCAUACGAUGAUGGAGGAGAUUCAGUGAAGAAAUAUAUUGUUCAAUAUAAAACUAUUUCAUCCAAUGAAUGGAAAACAGUUAGCGAAAUGCCAGUUGAUCUAGAAUUUACUGUAGCUCAUUUACAAUCCGAUGAACAAUAUGAAUUUCAUGUAGCAGCUAUCAAUUCAGCUGGUCAAGGACCAUGGUCAGAUACAUCAGAAUCGUGUAAUCCAGCUAAAGCUAUUGAAUCAUCUAAGCCGUGCUUAGUCAAUCCUCUAAGUAAUGUAACUGUAUUAGUUGGUCAAUCGGUUGAAUUGAACUGUGAUUUUCAAUUAGGUGAACCGAAAGGAGAUGUUACUUGGUUUAAAGAUGGUAAACCAAUAAGAAAUCAAGUCAAAUAUUCAACAAGUUCAUCAUGGGAACGUAAAGCUAAUUUGAAAAUAAAUCGUGCUAAAUUAGAAGAUGCUGGUUUAUUUAGUUGUGUAGCAGAGAAUCCAUCUGGUAAAGCUGAAACAACAUGUCGUGUAAUUGUAGCUCAAAAACCUAUUUUACAACUUGAAUUAGAUAAAUCUGCAUCAAAUAAUGUAACUGGUGCUUCAAGUAAAUCCGAUCAUUUCACUGGUCGAGUUGGUGGUUGUUUAGUACUGAAAGCUACAUGUGAAGCUUUUCCAGAUUGUGAAUCUAUAGUAUGGUUUAUCAAUGGUAAACCAGUGGAUUCAAGUCUAGAUUCAGAAUUAUUUUCUCGUGUAAUAAUUAAUGAUACACCUACAAGUCGAAUUUCAAGUGGACCUAAACUUCAAGUUUCCACAUUGACUAUCAGUAAUCUACAACUGUCAGAUGCUGGUGAAUAUGGAUGCAGUUCAGUAAAUGAAGUAGGAGCUGCACAGUCAGCAAUAAAAUUAAUUUUAAAUGAUCGUCCACAACCACCAAUGUCUAUUGAAGUAACUGAAGCUCGUGGUCAAGAUUGGAUUGAAGUUAAAUGGGAAAGACCAUCUAGUGAUGGUGGCUCAAAAUUAACACGUUAUCUAAUUGAACGUCGAGUGAUUGCUAUCACUUCAGAUGAUCGAACACCAUCAAUACGUGAAACAAAUUGGUGUAAUGCUGGUCAAACUGGACCAUAUGAUGAUCAUUUACGCAUUCAAAACUGUUUACCUGGAACAGUUUAUUCUUUUCGUAUUUUUGCAGAGAAUGAAAUUGGUAUAAGUGAUCCAACAGAAAUUGAAUCACCUUAUCAGAUGAAAUCAUAUACAGAUUUACCAUUACCUCCAGUUCAUGUCACAGCAGAACGUACAUCACCAAGAGAAGCUAAAAUUCAAUGGCAUCCACCUAUUAAUAAUGAUAACGAUUCUAUUCAAGGGUAUAUGGUUGAAUUACGUGAAACACCAGAUCCUAAAGGUCAAUAUACAUCAAAAUGGACACAAGCCAGUCCAAAAUUAAUACGAUCUCUUACUACUUUAAAAGUUGAUGAUUUACAUCCAGAUAUGUUUGUUCAAUUCAGAGUUCGUGCCCGUAAUACAGUUGGAUUUAGUGAACCAUCUGAACCAUCUGAUUGGAUUGAGCCUGUUGUGAAAAAACCCCGUGAAACUGUGGAUGAAUUAUUACGUAAAAAAGAUGACACUGUUAAAUUAUCUAAAGAUGACAAAUCACCUAUAGAUAUUGUACAAGAAGUAAUUGCCCUUAAAGAAGCCAGUCGUCCGAAAAAAACUAUUGUUAAAGAUGCACCUCAACUACAACUUAUUGGUGAGAAUACAUAUCGUUUAAGACCAGGGAAUAAUUUACGUAUCGGUGUACGUGUUGAUUCUGGUUCAAAAGCUAAUGUAGAACUCUUGACAGCAAGUGGACAACCAUUAAUUGGAAAUGCACUUGGUCGAACUCGUAUAGAACAAUUUGGUGAUGAUUUCUAUGUGAAUUUACGUAAUAUCAAUCUAUCGGAUGCAGGUACUUAUUGUAUAAAAGCAACAAAUACAGCAGGUGAAAAUAGUCAAUUAAUUCAUUUAAUUGUUCUCACUGAACCGCUUCCACCAAAAUCUCCAUUAUUAGCUACAGUAGUUGAAAGUCCUAAAGAAUACUCUGAAGGUGCAACAGUUGAAUUAACCUGGGGACAUUCACCAUUACGUGAUGGUGAAUCAUUAGAACUAACUUCACCAGUAUUAGGUUAUUGUGUUGAACGACGUGAAGGUCAACGUCGACAACAAUUCAAUUAUCCUAUUCGUUUGAUUGGUGCAGAUAAAUUAUCUGUAAGGAUACCGGAUUUGAAACCAGGAAUUGAAUAUGUUUUUCGUGUCAGUUCAUAUAAUGAUGUAGGAUCCAGUGAACCAACUUAUUCAGAACCACUUGUUAUUAAAUCACCAUAUAGUGUUCCUGAUGCGCCCAAAGGUCCUCUAGUCUGUUCAGACCUUACAGAUUCUUCAUUGAAACUUACGUGGCUGCCACCUGAAGACAAUGGUGGUCUUCCUGUGAAAAGAUAUUAUAUUGAAAUGAAAGAUGUUGGUAAUCCUGCUGGAUGGAUACCUUUGGGCACUGUAUCGGCUGAUUCUACUUCUUAUCUGGUCAGUGGGUUGCAGCAAGGAUUCGCUUAUCGAUUUCGCGUGCGAGCUGCUAAUGAUGAAGGGCCUGGUGACUGGCUAGAAACAGACAAAUCUAUAUCUUUCCGACGUCCAGUAACAAAACCAUCACCGCCUGAAGGACCGUUGCGAAUGUUACCAGAUGGAGAUAGAGCGGUUCGUUUAACCUGGAACGCUCCAUUAGAUGAUGGUGGAUCUCCAAUUAAAGAUUUCAUAGUCGAAGUAUGCCUCGAUAGAUCAGGAGAACAUUGGCAACCAGUUGGUGAAGUGCGUGGAUUGAACAAACGAAUCGAAAAUCUUAUCGCAGAUGGUAUUUAUAGUUUUCGUGUCAGUGCUCGUAAUGAAGACGAUAAAGUUGGUCCGCCGCUUUAUUCAGAAAUCUACAAACCAGGUGCGCCUAUGACUCCACCUGAUCGACCAGUUGGUCCGUUAAAAGCUACAUGUAUCGGGAUCGGUCAAGUGAAAUUGGAGUGGAAACCUCCAAUUGUUGGUGGUCAAGGUGGUUGUGGAGUUCCUGAUGAAUAUUUAAUUGAACGCUAUGAACAGAAGAAAGCGCGAUGGGCUUACGUAACUCGUCAAAGCGCUUCAACUGAGACAAGUGUAGUAAUCUCUAGUUUGCAGCCGGGUUCUGAAUGUCAGUUUCGUGUACGGGCUGAGAAUAAGGCAGGAUCAGGUCCUUUUCUCGAAUCUGAUCGUCCAAUCACAAUCAUUAGUCCAUUUAAUCCACCGGGUCCACCUGAAGGUCCAAUCAAUAUUUCAGAAGUACAAAUGGGUGCUAGUCGAGCAGACUGUUCAGCUCGUAUUUCUUGGCGACCUCCUUUAGACACAGGCGGCUUAUCACUUAUUCGUUAUGUGUUACAAAUGCGUUAUGCUAACACCCCAGGUUGGCAUAGAGUGACAGGGCCUCAACGAACAAUCAGUACAGAUGAAAUAAGUGAUAACUUGGAUACUGGAAAAAUAGAUUUGGCUACUUCUUCACUUGUAACUGGUUUAAUGCAAGGUCAACGCUACAUUUUCCGAGUGGCUGCUGUUAAUGAAGUUGGGACAGGUGCAUUUUUAGAAUCUGAAACAUUCGAAAUGCCCGAAGAUGAUAGCUGUAAACCCAAAGCAGAUUGGGUUCGUAUUGCUGGAAAAUCUGCUGACAGUGUUACAGUAGAAUGGCUUGUACCUCACGAUUGUCGUCAUGAUCAUGGACCUAAUCGAGCUCAUCAUUUAGCUAUUGAUGGUUUUCGUGUAUAUGUUCGGCCAGCAACAACAUCUCAACCAAGCGCUACAUCUCAAUGGCAAAAAGUUGCUGAUUUAGACCAUUAUCUUAAUCGUUUGGUUGUAGGGAAUUUGAAAUCAAACCAGUUUUAUUAUUUUGGCGUGGCAGCUGUGAAUCAAUCAGGUCAAGGUGAAAUCAUUUCUACUAAAGAGCCUGUUUGUCCAGAAGCUAUCACAACUGUACCAAGUCAACCGAUAGGACCAUUAGAAGUGUCUGAUAUAACCGAUAAUAGUUGUCGAUUAUCAUGGUUAAGUCCUGCAAGUGAUGGUGGCAGUCCGAUUUUAGGUUAUAGAAUAUAUAAACGUGAAAUGUAUCGACGUAGUUGGCAAGAAAUUGGACGUAUAACUGAAUUGGCUGGGUUGACUAGUUCAAGACAAUUACAAUUUCAAGUGCAAUAUUUAAUGCACGGGACUGCUUAUGAAUUUCGUGUUGUCGCUGAAAAUAAGAAUGGUUUAUCUGAACCAUUAGAUACACAAGCACAAGUGCAUCCAGCUAAACAGACAAGUGUUCCAGGCCCACCGAGAGGACCAUUACGUGUGCGUGAAGUUCCUGGUAGUAUUGGAACACUUGAAUUGACUUGGUCACCACCAUAUGAAUUAGGAGGAUUGCCUGUUCUUGGCUAUCAACUAGAAAUACGUCAAGGACGUUCAUUUAACUGGAAACCAUAUCCCUCACCUAACGAACUUGUUGCCUGUGGAGCUGAAAAUAAAUUUCAACCGUCGAAUAUUAUUACGGAUAUACAACCAAAUAAAGAGUACUUUUUCCGUGUAUCAGCUGUGAAUAAGGAAGGGGUUGGCUUACCACUUACGGCUGAUGAUAGUUAUGUAAAAAAUAUCAAUUUAGUUCCACCGAAACUUGUAAUGGGUCGUCGUAUUUCUCCUGAUGAAGCUGAAAACCAAAGUCAAGUGAAACCCAUAUUACAAGUUUCAUGGGAAUGGACUCCAUUAAUAGCACAUGAACCAAAGCCAAUUGGUUUUCAAGUGGAACGACUGGAUAUAGAAUCUCGAAAUGGGAAAUGGGAAUCAAUUGAUUUUGUUCCCAUCAAUGAUCAAACACAAACAAGUUAUAUUCACCAAUCCGUUUCACCAAGUCAUAAUAAUAGUUAUAAGUUUCGAGUAUCUACUGUAUACAAUGAAGGUGCCAGUCAACCAGUUGAAACGGGUGUUGUGUUAGCUAGUCCACCAACAAUAGGACGACCAGAUUCGAAGACACCUGCUAUCUACAUACCUCCUGUUCCAUCUGUUUUGCUCAGAUCUGAUAGCAAGCUUGGUUAUGAGCUUGAAUGGGAGGCUCCAGAAGGUCAAGGUGCUGAAGAUAUUAGAGGAUAUACAUUAGAAGAUUGGGAUUCAAAGAAACAGAGGUGGGAACCAUUAAUGGAGAUCCCAGUAAGUGCGCCUCGACAGUUAUCGUUGGCUGCACCAUAUGCACCUGACAAGGAUUAUAAGAUGAGAAUUAUCAGCCAUGGAAAAAUUGGAAAGUCUAUCCCCACAGAAUUCGGACUACAUCGGAGUCCAGUCGAGUUGACCUCAUCUAGGCCUCCAUCUAGAUCAUGGACAACACUACCAAGUACAUCAGGUCGUCCGAUUUCCACGGUAUCUCGUGAUAAAACUGAGCCACGAGCAGAUAUUGAUGAAGACUUUGAUUUGGAGCUGGCCAUGAUUACGGGAGUCGAAACUGGUUCUGAUGAAGUAAAUGAGUUUAUUCGUUCUAGGCGUCAGAUGGUUCAAGAUAUGACUCAACGCAUGAUUACGCCAUCAUCCUUAGGAAGACUUAGUUCAUUUGAAAAGGGAAAACUGGACCGAGAUCUCACAGAAAGUUCAUUAUAUUCAACUGGAAGGUUGACUGGCCUAUCACGUAUUUCAUCCCCAGCCGGCUUUCUUAUUUCAGAUCAACUAAGGGGAGAAAUAGUAGGUCCAACAUCUGUUCAUCUCAUAUGGCCUGAACCAAGUGGAUUGUUAGCUUCAGAUAAAAUAGCCUCUUAUGACAUUCAGAAGUGGGAACCUGCUCAUUUUAAAUGGGUUUCUGUAGCUAAGGCUCCAUCUAAAGUUACAGAUUAUACUGUAACUGGUCUUCGAUCGACUGAUGAAAAUGGAUGGUGGUUCCGUGUUGUUCCUUUAGGCCGUGAUGCAGAAUCGAUUGGGACACCAUACCAAAUGGCUAAACCUCUUUAUCCAAGAUCUCAACAUGCUACAGUUCCUUCUUCUGUUUGGGGUGUAGAAAUUUCUGCUGCUUUCGGUUUACAUAAGAUAGAUCAACGUACAAUUCAAAUUAACUGGAUGAAACCUAGUAAUGAUGGUGGUUCUGAUAUACUUGGUUAUCGUUUACUAAUUUAUGAUGCUGAUACUGGUGAUGAUCAAGAGAUAAUUGUUUCUCCAAAGUUUUUAACAGCUAAAAUUGACUCUUUAGAAGCUUUUCAUGUUUAUAGGAUUACAAUUACAGCAUUUAAUCGUAUUGGUGAUUCAUUACCAGUUACUUCAACUGUACCAUUACAUCGUGAAACACCUGGUCUACCUUCAUUACCUUUACCACCUAGUGAUUUCCGAGCUGUUUUAACAGAUCAUUUUAAUAAAGAAUAUUCCAGUUGUAUCUUAUCAUGGAAACCUCCAUCGUCAGUUUCAUCAUCACCUGUAGAUUUUUAUGUCAUUGAAAAAUGGAGUUCACAAUCUAAACAAUGGAUUCCAUUUAAAAAAGUUCCUUAUGAUGUGUAUGAAAUUGAAAUUACGCACUUACUUGAUGAUGUGGAGUAUGGUUUUAGAAUAAGAUCGCAAAAUGUCACUGGAUUAAGUGAACCAUUAUGCCUAAACACUCACAUCCGACCAAAUUUAGCUAAAGAAAAAGAUACUAAAGCGUUGCCACCGCCAGCUCCUGGAGGCCCAUUAGAAAUAAAGCAACUUCAGACUCAUCAAACUGUAUCAAAGUUAAAAGAAGUAACAGAGACUGCUAAUCGUGUGAUGGAAUUAUGCUGGAGUCAACCUAGCUUCCUAAUGGAUGAUGUAGGUCCAGUUAGAGGUUAUGUUGUUGAAGCUAGAAGAAGAGGUCUAGAAAACUGGGCUUUACUCGGUCGACUACCUGCUACAAGCGACAGACAUUGGAAUAUUGUAUUCGGUCCUCAAACUGGCGAUUAUCGGAUUCCGACCCAACCUCUCUCUCGUCCAGCCUCAGCUCUUACCGACUAUCCUGAAAAACGGGAUAUUAGCUUACCACAACUCUUUUCCAAAAGCCAUACGUCUGCAUCAAUGUUACCAGGAGAACCAAAAGACUAUGAAUUUCGUUUGUAUUCCGAAAAUGAAUUCGGAGUAAGUGAACCAAUAUAUUUAAGGCCCGAACUUAGAAGUCCUUCUUCAAUUUCUAAACCCACCUUUGAUAGGCAUUCAGCUCUUGACUACUACGAGCUACCACUGCACUUACCACCUCCGAGAGGACCAAUUCGAAUAGAAACCAGACCCAGGUCUUCCUUGUAUUAUGAAAGACCUCAGAGAGAUAAAGAUGUCACGCCGGAAGAUUUAAUAUUGCAUUGGAAGCCUCCUUAUGAUACAUCUAAUAUUUCUGGAUACGAAGUGGUUUGUCGUACGCCAUAUGAAAUGAAAUGGCAACCUAUAGGUAAAACAGAUUUAUACGAGACAAGUUUAAAAAUACCAAGUUCAUUGCUAAGUGAUUUUCCACCAACUGUACAUGUUGGUGUCCGUUCUGUUGGUGAUUAUAUACCUGGAAUGGCUGAACGUUCGUACUCUGAAACAAUUGAAGAAGUCUUGUCCGUUCCAAAAAGUAUAUUUACGUCAUCGUCUUACGAACCUAAACCUUACAAAAUAGAGAAAGAUGAAUUUGGUCUACGGGCUCCUUUAGAUGUUCGUGCCAGUGUUUUCAAAUACACCGCUGAAAAAGACAGUCCUGAAGAAGUAGCAGUAGCAUGGCGCCCACCCAGUGUAAAAUCAGUGGAAAAACGUGGUUUAGAAAGCUUUCCAGAUUCUUAUUUAGUUUUGACUAGGGAGUUGGGCCAUUCUGAUUGGAAAGAAAUCCAAACUAUUCCUAGCAAUAUCACUAAUACUCAUAUUCGAUCAUCUUUACUACCACAAGGUCGAGAUAUAUAUAUUGGUGUGGCUCCUGUUCGCGGUGACCAAAUCGGACCAAUUAUGUCUACUUUAGAUACAAUAAAGUUAUCGGAACCUGCAAGCCCACGGAGAUUCUCCUCAAGAAGCUCUUUACCAUUCAUUUCAGCUGAGCCACUGACUGUUUUACCAGAGGGACCGGAUGCAAUACGAGUUCAAUGGAAACCUACAGAAGCGUUAAUUGGUAAAUUACCUCACAAAGGAAUUUCGGACUAUCGAUUAGAAAUGAGACGUCCAAAUGAAAUGGACUGGAAACCUAUUGGAAUACCAAAAUAUCUGGAUUUGAUGGAGGGGACGCUACCGAUUUCAAGUCCAGUAGAAUAUAGACUGGAUAAUCUUAAACCAGGUGAACGUGUUGAAUUACGUGUAGCUACUCGAUCAAGUCAUUUAGCCCCAUCGAUUCCUAUAACUGAUACCUUAUUGUAUCAGUUCAUUCCUCCUUACGAUGUACCUUCAAAACCCAGAGGGCCAUUAAUGAUUGAUAUAUUGCCUACCUAUUCUCCAAUAUAUUCAAGACGACCAUCAUCUAGUCUGGAAAGGAUUGAAUCUCCUCUGUCAUUCCCAAGACGUACAAGCACACAUUUAGACUCAAAAAGUAUUCAACUUAAGUGGCAUGCUCCCCUGGACACAGGUGGUUUACCUGUCACAGAAUAUGUGAUAGAACGUCGUGGAGGUCCGGUGAGAAGUACAUCAAAUGAAUGGAUACCCGUACUAUCUGUUUCAGGAGAGACGACUUCAGCUGUGAUUCCGUUUCCAGGUACUCUAACUAACGUUCAGCCUUAUUUUUAUCGUGUUCGAGCAGUCAACCGAAUGGGUGCAAGCAGUCCAUUAGAAACUUUAAGACCACUGGAUUCUGAAACAGCAAUGAUAGAUCAACUCAGUAGACCUUCUUCACGUGCUAGUUACCGACCAUUGCCACCCUCUGCACCAGUUGGACCCCUACGAUCAGAAUUUCUUCCCUUUGAUUCAGGUCUUCAUCUAGAAUGGCAGCAUCCUCAAAAGAGUUCUUACAAAUUAGAUGAGUCACCGUCGAUGCCGUCCGCAUACGUCAUCGAAGCUACUGAAGCUAGUAGGCCAGAUGCUCCUUGGAUCGAAGUGGGCCGUGUUCCUGGCACAGUAACAUCGGCUGAUGUCCGAAUUUUGCCAACAUCAUAUAGAAGAGGGUCGAUAGAGACUCCAAUUACGUCAAGUGCUUACCACGUACCCCCUACUCUUCUUUAUCGAAUAAGGGGUGAAAACGAGUUUGGAUUAAGUGCACCUCUUGUAACAAGAAUCGAACCACCUAGUCGUUCAGCUUAUGAAUCUACACCUGGGUUUGAGUAUCCACGGUUAAGUUCUGGUCGCCUUGAAACGCGUCUGCUCCCAAUGCUAUCGGAAUCCCAAUUACCUCAGAUUGAAUUACGCUGGCCCCCUGUAGCUCCAGAAUACAGACGACAAAGUUUGCUAUCUACUGAUGGUCGACUAAUAACCCCUCCUGUAGCAUCAGAUAUAAGUUACCUUGUUCAAGUCAGAAAAGCUGAAGAUAUGGGAUGGCAGACAUUAGCCAACAUACCAUACGGUCAAGAAACAUUCACUUAUCACCCUAAAAUCGAAAAAAUACCCCAUCGACCACGGUCUAGUGUGGGCUCAGUUUACAAACAAGAAGAAAGACCAAUAUUCGAAGGCUACCAGUUUCGUGUAGCCCCAAGGAGUCAUUUUGGUGUUGGGAGAUUCAUAGAAUCAGAUAUAGUCAGCUGGAGUCCUUCCCAUUUACAAGCUGGUGAUUACAGGACAGUAAGCUUGCCAGGACCCAUCUCAAUGCAAUGUAUGGUUCCAUCUGUUCCUCAGCCAAUAAUACCUUCUCCUGAGCGUUUCCAUUUGGUUGAUGUGUCUACCGAGUCAGCUGGUGAACGUAUCGAAAACAAAUUGGGAAGCGUAACACUAUCAUGGCAUCCUCCAGUGGGCAUGUCUCCCACCUUACGCUCCACUGCAGAUUUCAUCGUAGAAUCAUGGCGUCCUGAUAAACAAGAAUGGUGGCCUGUAGCACGACAACCAGCUGCUAUCAGUGCUGAAUCUGUACCGGGUAGGUAUGAAAUAAGCGUGAAUCGCCUACCACUCGGACAAACUUAUCAUUUCCGCGUUCUAACAGAAACAAGAGAUGGUCUAAGUGAACCAGUGAUUCUUCCGCAACCUGUUUUUUUGCCACAGUUGGAUAUAGAAAAGAAAACAAUACCAGCUCCACCUGCUCAUCUUAGAGUGUCACUAUUAACCGGCAGUACUAAAGGUGCUUUAUUAACAUGGCUUCCACCAUCAACAGUAUCAUUCUCAGGUAGACGAAGCAGUCUGUCAUUACGUUGUCCUCCAACCGGAUAUGUAUUAGAAUAUUGUACAUUGCCAUCUACAUCGAAUGAACCGACUACUUGGAAACGUUUAUCUCUAUUAAAUGCUUGGGAAACAUCUUAUCAAGCAACUGAUUUACAACCUGAUACUAAAUAUCUAUUUCGUAUAAUGUCCUAUGGACAAAUCCCUAGUUCAGCACGUUCUAUAACACCAUCAAGGCUUGGAAGAACUAGUCGAACUUCAAUUGAUUCAAGUGUCCUUAGUGAAGCAAUCCAUUCGGAAAUAUUUGAAAUACCAAGUAAAGCAAUUACUGUACCCAAAUUAACUGGUGAUUUAACAGUGAAACCUACAUCAAAUCUAUCUUCACUUUCAUCGUCAGUUUGUUUACAUUGGCAACCAGUUGAUGAACCAUUAACAGGAUAUAUACUAGAUUUAUAUGAUUUAACAGAACCAGCUGGUUGGAGAACAAUUACACGAAUUAAUACAACUGAAAUACGUCAUCCAUUCCAUGGUGUUACAGUAACCGGUCUUCUACCAGAUCAUUCUUAUCGAUUUCGUGUUAUACCGUAUAAAGAUGAUUUAUUUGGUCGACCUUUAGAAACAUUCAAAGCUUAUACUGUUCCAAAAACAGUCGGUUAUGAAGGUAGUGAUUAUGAAUCAUUGAUCAUUCCUCCACCUAAGGGUCCAUUAUAUGUGGAAUCGAUCGGUGGCGCUGGUGGUGUUUAUCGUUUAAGAUGGCAACCAGUACAACUAAAAGAUUACACUGACACUAUGCAUAGACGUAAAUUACAUGAUGAAAUUGAAUAUAUCAUUGAACAACAAACACCAAAUCGAAGAGUCUGGUUAGAAGUUGGCCGAACUCGUCUUACUGAUUAUGUAUUACCGAUUAACCAAGCUACAGUUAGAUUUCGUAUACGUUCAGCAUCAGCUGAUAUAUUUUCAAGCACUGAUAAACAUACUAACUAUUCACUUUCAUAUGAUGGUCUCCUCUCCGAAUGGAUUCAUACAUCAGAGGAUAGUUUACAAUAUGAAAGUAUACCUCUUAUUGGAAGUCCGAAGAGACGAUUAUCUAGUGAUGAAGUAUUUGAUAUUGGUCGAAUUGUUCCAGAUGGAUUACGUGUUCUGCAUAUUGGUCCAACUUCCGCUUUACUAGGAUGGAAUUCUCUUAGAAUAGAUGAAGAAACAUUAUAUCCAUAUUAUCUCAUUUUAGAACGACGUAUCAUUAAUAAGUAUAAACCAAGUAUUUGGGAACCUAUAGCAAGAGUUCGCGCUUCCGAUACAUCUUACGAAGUGCAUGGAUUAUCUUCUGGUACAACAUAUGAUUUCCGUUUAGUUGGAAUUGAAGAAUCAACUAAAACUCGAAGUACAAAAUACUGUCAACUUUCAAAACCAUUUACAACUCUCGGGCAUCUUGAUUCGAUUGAAGAUAAUAAAAUAUCCUGGAUUGAUCAACCAAGAUCAUUUAAUGCUAUCAGUAAAAUUGAUGGAACUCAAGAAGGUAUUCUCUUAACAUGGAAAUCACCUGAAAUGCCUAAUCGUUUAGAUGAGAAAUUACUUUACAGAAUUGAAGUAAGAGGUUUCAAUUUUUCUGGUGAACCAAUCACUAAUUGGACUAAAAUCAUCUCAGAAUUAAAAUCAACACAAUAUUUUAUUAGUUAUACAAAAUUAGAUAAUUUAUUCAGUCAAUCACCUACUACUACUACUAGUGUUAGUAGUAGUAUAUCAUCGACAACUAGAAGAAGACAUAUAAGAUCAAUUGAUUUAGAACAACAACAAUGGCAGUUCCGUGUUUUUGCUGAAUUGGAUGAUAAACAAAGUUUGCCAGCUGUCACACUCACUCCAAUUACAUUGAUUCCUCAAGCCAAACGAAUUCCAUUACGUUUUAUCAAUUUGAGAGAUGAUCGUAUAAUUUAUGCUGUUCAUGGGCAAAAAUUAGUGUUGUCUGUAGAAGUUGAAGGAGAACCGAAACCAAAUGUUUUCUGGUAUUUAAAUCAUAUUCAAAUAGAUGAGAAAAUUUUACCUGGUUGUCGUGUAGCUCAGAUUGGUGUUGGUAUUUAUGAAUUAACUAUUGAACAAAUACAACCAAGUCAUGCUGGCUUCUUAGAAUGUCGUGUAUGGAAUAUUUAUGAGACAAUAUCCGAAAGAUGGGAAUUGAUCGUUUCAGCGGUACCACGAUUCUGCCGACUUGGAUGGGCUGCACAACCUCAUGAAUAUGAAUUAAGACAUGGAGACAGCUGGUAUCUACGCGUUCCAUUGGAAGGCUCACAUUACAUACAAGAUCAUGAAUGGAUUACAAAAGUUUGGUUCGAACGUUUAAGUCAUCUGACACCUGGUUUGUCAGUUGAACCUUUAGAAAAUCGGGUUCGAUUAAAUCUGUCAUGUGGUUGCCGUUGGGUUGAAGUAGUUGUUGAUAAACUAAAUCUAGCUGAUAGUGGACUAUAUCGUCUAUGGAUACAAAAUCAAGCUGGUCGAGAUUACAUUGAUUUGCGUUUAAGUAUCGCUGAUAAACCAUAUGCUCAACUACAAAAACCUAGAGUAAAACCACAUGGUCCUGGAACAUUGUUAAUAGAAUGGACUCCACCAGUGAUUACUGAUCGGUUAGAAUCUUUGAUUAAAUUCACUGGCUAUCGUGUGGAGUAUCGUCGUGAUGAACCUGGACAUGACUGGUUUCUUCUUGGUACAACUUCUGCUGAUCAAACCUAUUUCAUGGCACGUAGUCAAUUAAGAAAAGGUGUAAAUUAUCGUUUUAGAAUACGUUUAGAAAAUUGGCAUGGAUUAGGACCAGCUAGUGAUGCUUCCGAACCAGCUCAACUACCAGUACAUCGAUUUACAGAAGUUUUAGAUAUCAAUGAUAUGGAAUUCCGUCACUAUACCGAUGGAUCAUUCGAUUCACGAUAUGAUAUUAUUGAAGAAUUAGCUCGUACUAAAAAUGCUGGUCUUUAUAGACUUGCUGAGCGCUCAACUGGUCGUUAUUGGUUAGGUACUAUUAUAGAUACAAGUCCAUCGGCAUUAACUAAGCGUCCAGUUAGUGCUUUAGGUAAACGUGACAUCAGCUAUCCAGAAUUACCUCCACGUCCAGUUAGCGUAUUGGAAACUGAACGCCCUAUUCGUAGACGUGCUUCCUAUGAUAUUUCAAAGUAUACACCUAGAUCUGAUGUCACUGACUGGGAACAAGAGAAAGCCGAACGUGAAUUAAAACUUCUGUCACGUAUUCAACAAGAAAACUUUGCACAUCUACAUGAAGCUUACACAGAAGCAAAACGUACUAUUUGUGUCAUGGAAGAUGUUACAUCCGGUGAUACAUUAUGGCAUCAAUUUAUUCGACGUAUUACAGUGACUGAACAUAAAGCAGCGGAUAUAUUACGUCAAUUAUUAGAUUUAACGUCAAAAAUACACAAAACUGGUGGUGUACAUCUUGGUUUACAACCCGAGAAUAUCUUCUUUACUGAUCAAUCUAGACAACGUAUUGCAUUGGCUGAUCUCGGACAAAUGCAUACUACCACUGUGGAUAAACCGAUUCGUUUAUCAUUUCGUUCUAUGGUGUAUAUUCCACCAGAAUUGACUAAUACAAUGCCGAUUAGUAGUAAAUCAGCACGAGUUAGUCAAUCAGCUGAUAUGUGGUCAUUGGGUUUGUUACUUUAUCAAAUGACUACUGGUGAUACAGAAGGGUCACCUCAACCAGAAAAACUUGAAAAAAUGCAUUAUUCAUCAAAAAUGAUUGAUUUUACUAAACGUUUACUACAUACUGAUCCAAAAAAACGAAUGACAGUGCAUGAAGCUUUAGAACACCCAUGGAUCACAAGUAUGACAAGUAAAAAAUAUGAGACAAUUGAACAAAAAGAAAAGAAAGAAGAUCAUUUCAAAUCGGUUUCUUUAUCAAGACCAUAUUCAUCAAAUCUAUCAAAUAAUAAUUAUGAAUCACAAAUACAAGAUGAAAUUUUAGAAGAUAAUAUUGCUGAAAGAAUAAAUAAACGUGCUUAUACAAGAUUAUUACGUUGGUUAGAUGCUAGUUACAUGAAUGACAAUAAUAAUGAUAUUGACGCAAAUGAUACAUUGUCUAUGCGUAAAUUAUCUAGAACUGAUUCUAUGCAUGAUUCAUAUCAUCGUUAUUAUUAUGAUUAUCAAACAUCAUCAUCAUCAACAUCUAAAGAAUCAGAAGAAAUUGUUGUACAUGCAAGAAUUACACCACGUGGUCAAGCACCAGAAAUAUUAACACCGAUGGGUUCAGUCAAUGCUGCAGAAGGUAGUACAACAGUGUUACGUUGUGCUGUUUAUUUACCAAAAAUGAAAAAGUCAACAACACAUCUUUCAGAUCAAAUGAGUGAUUUACAAAUUCGUUGGUCAUUAAAUGGUCGUGAAUUAAACACUGGUCAUCCAUUGGCAUCAUUAAAAACUCCAUCAACACAACAUUAUGUAUGUACUUUUGAUACAGAAACAGGUGAUAUUAAACUUCAUAUCAAUAAUGUUACAGUAUAUGAUGCUGGAACAUAUGAAGUUACCAUUAUUGGUCGAUAUGGUCAAGUAUCGGAUUCAGCAAACUUAAAAGUUUAUGAAUCAACAACUCAACGUUCAAGUAUUAAUUCUGAUUUAUCAGUCACAAGUGAAUUAGGUGCACGUAUUCUUUUACCCUUGGUUGAUAUGACAUGUACCACUGGUGGUAAAGUUCAAAUGAAAGUUAAAGUUUGUGGUAUACCAGUACCUCGGUGCACAUGGCUACAUAAUGGUGUCCCAUUAACAGCUUCAUCACGUAGACGUUUCUACCAAGAAGAUCUAAAUGGUCCAUCAUCUUCAGGGUUGAUGCUAAAACUUGAAAUAUCUGAUAUUUCUACCGCUGAUGCAGGACUUUAUUCUUUAGUAGCUACUAACAAAUAUGGAUCACAAACAUGUUCGGCUGUUAUUGAAGUAUUUUCUUCGCUCGAUGAAGGUUCAGAAGCGCCACAUUUUCUAAAAGAAUUAACAAGCAUUACUGUAGUUGAAGGAAGUGCUGCUCGUUUUGAAACUUGUGCUCGUGGUCAACCUGCACCAACCGUACGUUGGCUUAAAGAUGGUAAACCUUUAUUAACCGAUGGAAUACGUCUAUGUGUAUCACAAACUUCAACUGAAAGAUCUGGAACUAAUACAUCUAGUCAUACACUUUUAGUUAAAGAUGCUGUACCACGUGACAGUGGAACGUAUACAUGCAUUGCAACAAGUUCAUCAGGUACUGCUAUCACUGAAGCAGCAUUACAUGUUCGUGGUUUAUUCGAUCGUGGAAGUUACGUUGGUUCAGAUAUGAUGAAUGCUGGUGGUAUUCGACAUCGUCAUCCUGAAUUCACUCGUCGUCUACGUAAUCAACAAGUCGAUUUCGGUAGCACAAUACGAUUAGCUGCAUCAGUAUUAGCUCAACCAUCAGCUACAAUCGUUUGGCAAAAAGAUGGUAUAGAACUUUCAACUGAACCACCUGACGAUCCAAGAAUUACUGCUAAAAAUCACAGUGGUCAUUUAGAAUUACGUAUUGAAAAUGUGUGUAAAGAUGAUUUGGGUCAAUAUACAGUUAUUGCAUAUAAUUCUGCUGGUGAAGCUCGUUGUUCAUGCAUUCUACAAGGUACAACUAAAAUGGAAAUUCAAGUGCCUAGAUUCACUAAAGAACUUCGUGAUUAUACAAUAUUAGAAGGUGGUAAUUUAUGUUUAGAAACGAUAGCAAUUGGUGAACCAAUACCUGAAUUUAAAUGGGAAAAAGAUGGUUUUGAAAUUCUUCCCGAUGAAUAUGGUCCACCACGUAUUGUACCUGGUACAAAUGGCAAUGGUUUGGCUUAUUUACGUAUUCACACUGUACGUAGUUCAGAUGCAGGUUUAUAUCGUUGCACUGCAUAUAAUAGAUUCGGUCGUGAAAGAACAACUUGUAUUGUUCAUGUUGAAUCAGUCAAACAAAAAAAUGAUUUACGUCGAUCAGAUAUGAUGAUGAAUGGAUCAUUUGCUUCGAAAAAAGAUACCGAUUCGUCAUUAACACUGUUAUCUGAGAAUGGUAUUAAAGCAUCACCUAGAGAACGACAUUCAGAUUCACCUAAAUUAACUGGAUACAUCAAUGUUUUAUGUCCAUUGCCUAAGGCUAUCGAAGUUGAAGAGGGCAAUCCUAUUGAAUUGAAAUGUCGUGUUGAUACAAAUUUACAUUACAUUCCUACGUGGAGUAAAUCAGGUCGAACUUUAACAUAUGAUGGUCGUAGAAGAAUUACUCGUAGUAAAGAUGGUGAACUUACCUUAGCUAUUGAUCAAGUAAUGUCUAAUGAUGAAGGAUUUUACACAUUGACAUUAGAAGCUUCUGAUGCAAAUGCACCGAAAAAUUUAGAACCAAUUGUACUUUCUACUCGUGUUGAAAUCAAAUCAAAAUUAAGACCACGUUAUGAUACAGUUUCUCGUGGAUCAUCAUCUCGUGGUAAUUCACGAGCAACAAGUGUUUCAAAUGGUCGAGCUUCUAGAGAACCAUAACAUCAAUCAUUAAUUAAAGACAGAAAAUCACAAUCACAACAUACUAUUCGUAUAAGAUAUUUGUAUGUAUACACUUUUCAGUGUAUUUUACUAUGAUACAAUAAACAGUUAUUCAAUCAUAUUGAUUGAUUAGGAUUCAAAUGCUUCUAGAUUCAAUUUUUAAAUAAUAUGUGUGUAACAUGACAAGCAUAUUUAAGCAAAUGGAAAUCUUCAAGUUUUCAUAAUUUUCGUGUUCAUAUAUUUCUUUCAAACUAAAUUCAUGAAGAUUCUAUACUUUGUAAACUUGCAUAUUGCUUGCUGAAUUUGUUUGUCCAUACACACACACACACACACACACACAAACACUAAUUUCUGUUAACGUCGCUAAACUUGAUGUGUUCAAAAUAACAUUCGAUUGUGUUUCUUUGUUUGUCACAAAUUUAUUAUUGUACACAUCCCUUAUAAUGUAUUCACUAUUAUUAUUAUUAUUACUACUACUACUACUGCUACUAUUUUACUUAAUUACUCAUUUCAUAAUGAGCUACAUUGGUUUGUCUUAUUUGUUGUUAGUUUGCGUCUGUUUAUAUGAACGAAUAUUACCCCUUUUGCGUGUACCACACUUCAUAAUGACCUGAUUCCCUUUUAUUUCCAAUCAUCCUGUAAGUUUGUCAAUUUACAAAUGUGUUAUCUUCAUGAUAAUAACAAUAAUAAAUCGACAUUUAGUUUUUAUGAGAGAUGAAUACAACUUUUAGAAAAAAAAUGUAUUGUAUUUCAGCAUGUCUUGCAUUUCUAACUAAAAAAAGCAUUACAAUUAGUUUUAUUAACAACCAAAUAUUAUGUACAACCAACCAGAAUGUUUACAAUUUUACCGUAAUAUUAUUAUGUGAAUUUCUUUCUGUUUGUACCACCUUUAUUGGUAAUUAUCCUCCUUGCUACUGCUCUUAAUUAUUAUUAACAUUAUUAUUUAACUAAUUAAUAAAAGAAGCAUUUAAAUAAACC